AUGAUCAACACGGUGAAAAAGCAGGUCAACAGCGUAUUCCUCCAUCUCCACACUGAAUUGACGCCAGGCUACUGCCUGAGCAAGUACGAGAACGUUGCGGUUGACACUCUGGUGUUUAUUCUGUUUGGUCUUUUCUCGUACGCAUGCUUGUAUGUGCUCGGAGGUAUUUUCUCGCAGCUCGGCUUUGACAGUCCUCUCAACCUAGGAUACCGAGUUUUGACUGCUCCUUCAUAUGUUCUUCUCACUCGCAAGCGCAACUGGCAAAUUGCCCAAGAUAGCCCGCUGAGCUGGUGCUUGACCAACCACCCCGCUCCUCAGAGCUACCUGGAAGUCGCAGUGUUGCGCUUGCCAACCAACUACUGUCGAACUCUUAGGCCGUCAGUCAGUAAGCAAUCUGAACUUUCUCCGGCUUUUUAUGCUCCCCUUUAUGGUUUUCGGGCUAUUCUGCGGAAUAGGCACUUUACCGAUCAACCUGGCAGAUCUGAUUUGGCUUGGCCUAGCGGUCGGCCUGCCGACUGUGCAAGUGACAGCAGCUGUAUUCCUUUGUUUCAUGACAUCUUGUUGGCACCACGGACCACCAGCUCCAAGUUGUGCGCUUUUUGUGCAGCAAAUAAAUGGCUCAUGGCUUCGGUGCGCCUUGCAGCACGCAGUAUGAAAUUAUGGGCAGCGCUGGCCAGCUUGUUGGCCGUUGCUGAGCUGGCCGCUAAAUUCCGCGGUAUGAGCCCGCCGUCUAGUCGCUACUUUUCUCAGAUUCGCCCGCCAGUCCUGCCUAAAUCGCCGUUUUUUUCGGUGACCCAGUCGUGA